AUGCCAAAACUCCUCGCCCCUCAAGACCUUCAAGCGACAAUGGCAACAGCACAAUUGCUUCGCCUUCCCGAAGUUCAAUCUUGCAUCGAAUCCGACUUUUUGCUCCUACCCUGUGAUCUCGUCUGUGAAAUCGAGGGCACAUACCUGCAACAAAUGUGGAUGGCGUCUCAAGGUCAGAACGUAAUGGCUGAUGAGGGAAGACACCGUCGAGGCGGACUUUGUGUGUAUUAUCACGCAGCGGAUUCCGUGAACGAUGAGGCUUCGGAUCUGAUAGCCGUUGAACCACUUCGGCAGACUAAGAUAUCUGCAAGAUCAACAGUGAAACUGCUCAUGUCUAUCGGGCUGGAUACUGUGAAACGAAACCUGGAACGCGACAAGGGUUUUCUUCUUCGUCAUUCAUUUGCGAAGCGACAAGCCAAACAAGCCAAGAUGUUGACUGGCUACCGCGAUGCACACCUCUACAUUUUCCCCUACUGGGUUAAGGAUCUCGCACGGCGUCAAGAAAGACUAGUGUCCAUUAGCGAAGAUCUCAUUGGGCUCUGGGCCAAGUCUGCAUGGCAGCGGGGACUACAUGAAAAGCUUGGAAUGGAUACUUGUGUGAGCCAACAGAAAGAAAACCAUGGAGAGCACGACUACCGAGAAUUGAGCACUAUCACCCACCAACCACCACAAAACGACAUAUCGGAAGUACCACCCCUUCUAGCGUAUCUUCAUAAAGGAUCUACGCGACUUGUCAGUCGUGUUGACAAUCCCGCUCUUCUCUUAUACACCUCCCUUCGUCUAGCCAAACUAGAAUCCAUUGAAGAGGUCGGCCGUGCAGCUACCCAACCCCCAUUCGCCCACGACCGAAAGAUCGCUUCUCCUGAAUGUGUAGCUUCGGACUGUUUUAUUUCAAAAGCCGACUGUCUCCUUGGAUCUAAUGUGAUUGUCGAGAAACGUUCCGUUAUAAAGGAAUCUUGUAUCGGCCCGAACUCCAAGAUCUGCAGUGGUGCCCGCAUCACGCGAUGCGUUAUUCUUGAUAACGUUGUCAUCGGAGAAGGCUGUGUGUUAACUGGAUGUGUAGUUGGAAGCGGUAGUUAUAUUGGCAAUGACUCGGUGCUUAGGGAUUGUGAAAUUCAGGAGGGGAAUGUUGUUCCUGAACAAACUGAGGCUAAGAAUGAGAAGUUUAUGCCACUUUUUGAAGAUCUGGAGGAGGAUACCGAUUGA